AUGGCGACGCCGGCGGCCGCGCGCGUGCGGGAGCGCGUCUUAUCGAGCCGAGCAGCGCUCAGCUGGCACCUGUUGGCCCGCGGCGCGCUGCCACGCCCACCACCGCGCGAGCCCUGCGCUGCCGAACCUCUGCGGCUGCAUCGGCCCCGGUUUGUUGUGCUGACUGCUGACGCACGCCGCGGCGCAGGAAGCGCCCGUGCUGAUAAGGAACUGAACUCAGCUGGGCAGCCGCGCCAGCAGAAACCUGGCCGCGAGCGCGGCGCCUCUAGCGGCAAGUCCGCGCAGCAGAGCGGUGGCCACGCUCCACAACGAAGGCCACCUUCAGAGACGCCUACCUCGGGAUAUCAGGCCUUACAGUGGCUAUCGGAAUACGCGGCAGAGGCGGCGUACCUUGCGAGCAGAGUCCGGGGCGAGGAAGAGCACUAUCAUGGGCCGGCGUUCGCGGGGCGGAGCGAGGCCGGCGGGGGCGUCGGAGGCGGCGUCGGCGGCGGCGGCGGCGCGGAGGCCGGAGCGGACAGGUGCUCGGGGGCGGCUGCGGCUGCGGAGGCGGCUGCGGCGGCGGCAGGCGAGCGCGCCAUGGGGCCGGCGGAGCCUGACUGCCGCCCCCGGCCACCGCCGCCGCCGUAG